AGCACAACAUAAUAAGACUAAGGCAAUGUCCUGACACCAAAGGCCACUCCCCAGUGUCCCUACUUCUUGUGCCUCCCCAGGAGCCUGGGUGGAGGUGAGGCUGCUGAACGGCACAGGAAGGUGCUCAGGCCGUGUGGAAGUUCUCGUCCAGGGCACGUGGGGGACCGUGUGUGAUGAUCUCUGGGACCUGGCUGAGGCCACUGUCGUGUGCCGCCAGCUGCAGUGUGGCCAGGCUGUGGCAGCCCCCACAGGGGCCCACUUUGGGGCAGGCUCUGGGAAGAUCUUACUGGAUGACAUGCAGUGUGUGGGCAGUGAGAGCCAUCUGGGUCAAUGCAUGCGUGGGGACCAGGCCAGGCACAACUGUGGGCACCUGGAGGAUGCCAGUGUCAUCUGCACAGGUGCUGGCAAUUCACCAGGUCUCGCUCCAACCACAGAGCCUGAAGCUGUCACUUCAUCAUACACACCAUCAGGUCAAGCACUGUUAUUAGCUGUGCCCACCACAAAGCCUGCUGUGCUUCCCUCAACCCCCUUUCCAACAGGUGAUGGAUUAUCUGCAACCAUAGCCACGACAGCCAUGACCCUGCCAUCCACACCCAUGCCCCCAGCAGCUCCUGAGUCAUUUGCUGCUCCUGGGGCAACAAAACCCACAAUUUAUGGUGCUGAUUCCACAGCUGCUCUGCCUACAGCCCAUGAGAACCUGCUCCCCACAUCAUUGGUGAUAUCAGUGGCUCAACACCCACCGUCUUCUGCACCACCAGAAAAAUCUCGGUGUGGUGGCAUUAUUACUAACUCAUCUGGAGCGAUUAGGAAUCCCCCACAGAAUGAAAUGCAUGACAACAUCACUUGUGUGUGGGACAUCAAGGCAAAUGCAUCUGAUCAUAUACUGCUGGCAUUUCCACAUCUUGACCUUGACUGCACCAAUGAAUAUUUUGAAAUCCUGGACGGUCCUCCAUCCUCAGUAAAGUCAUUGGGGAGGACCUGCUCUGGCUUCCAACCCACCUACAUCUCCUCCUCCAGCUCAAUGACCCUCGUGUAUUUCCGAAGCUUCAACAACCUAGGAAAAAACUUCAUUGCUUAUUAUUACUCUGCACCCAAAGAGGCAGUGUUGCAGACCCCACAUCUAAUCACUAUCCCGACAGCAACACCCAGGACAGUAACAGCAAGAGCAGGGGACUGGCCGGAGCUGCGGCUUGUGGGUGGCUCUGGCCGGUGCUCAGGACGCGUGGAGAUUCUCCACCAGGGAGCCUGGGGCACCGUGUGUGAUGACCUGUGGGACCUGAACGAAGCUGAGGUUGUGUGCCGGCAGCUUGGGUGUGGUCGAGCCAUGUCUGCCCUUGGAAAGGCCCACUUUGGCCCCGGCUCAGGAGACAUCUUCCUGGACAACCUCCAGUGUGCUGGUGUGGAGCACUACCUGGGCCAGUGCACCCACUCGGGCUGGUCAGAGCACAACUGUGGCCACCACGAGGAUGCCAGUGUCAUCUGCUCAGAUGCUGAAGAAUCACUUGCUAACAGUCCAGAGGGCUGGCCGGAGCUGAGGCUGAUGGGCGGCUCAGGCCGGUGCUCGGGGCGCGUGGAGAUUCUCCACCAGGGUGCCUGGGGCACCGUGUGCGACGACCUGUGGGACCUGAAUGAAGCCAAGGUUGUGUGCCGGCAGUUGGGGUGUGGGCAGGCUGUUUCUGGCCCUGGCGAGGCCCACUUUGGCCCAGGCUCAGGAGACAUCUUCCUGGACAACCUCCAGUGCACUGGGGUAGAGCACUACCUGGGCCAGUGUACCCACUUGGGCUGGUCAGAGCACAACUGUGGCCACCACGAGGAUGCCAGUGUCAUCUGCUCAGAUGCGGAAGACCUACCUCCACCCACACCUCCAGAUUCUUCUACAACUUCUCAGGAUCACAUAAAAGGAGGAAGUAACUCUUGUGGAGGGGUCAUUUCUAGUCUCUCUGGCUCAUUUUCUAGUCCACAGUAUCCAGAAAACUACCCAACAGAUAUCCAGUGUGUUUGGGAGAUCCACAUGGGUGCAAAAUUUCACAUAGAACUCAUAAUUCCAAGUUUGAAGUUGGAAGAUAUCCUUGGAUGUCCCUAUGACUCCGUUGAAAUCUUCAAUGGUCCCAGGAUUGCCUCGCUCUCCAUGGGGAAGUUCUGUGCCCCUGAAACUGUGAUAUUCUUCUCCUCCUCACACAUCAUGACAGUGGUAUUCCAAAGUGAUUCUAUGAAAACCAACACUGGCUUUUAUGCUCUUUUCAAUGCCAUUCCUCAGGGUGAAAGGGAGUCAGAUGCUGGGGACUGGGCUCCAGAUGUGAUUCCUCCACCCCCAGAUAUCAUUCCUCCAGCCCCUAUACCACAAGGAGGAAGUAACUCUUGUGGAGGAGUGAUUUCAAGUCUCUCAGGUUCCUUCUCCAGCCCUUGGUACCCUACAAACUACCCCACUGACUUGGAGUGCGUCUGGGUGAUACAGGUGGCUGAGAAAUUCCACAUAAAACUGAUGAUCCCAAGCCUGAAAUUAGAGGACAUCUAUGGGUGUCCUUACGACUUUAUCGAAGUGUUCGAUGGACAACAGGCUGCCUCACUCUCCAUGGGCAGGUUUUGUGCUGGGACAGAGCUCACGUUCCUUUCUUCUUCAAACAUCAUGACCACAGUGUUCAGAAGCAACGCCAUGAUCACCAACACAGGGUUUUAUGCUCUGUACAACACCGUUCAGCAAGAUGAAAGGGAGAACGGUUUAGGAGAACUGAAGAGAGAUGAGCUACCCACACCGUCUAUGUCUUCCACUGCCUCUCUGCCUUACCUAGGAGCAUCUGCUGCUGUGAGUUACCCAACCUCAGGUCUGGGACUGCGGCUGGUGAACGGGUCCAGCAGAUGUGAGGGCCGAGUCGAGGUCUACCAUGCCAAUGCCUGGGGCACCGUGUGUGAUGACAGCUGGUCUAUAGAGGAUGCCCACGUGGUCUGCAGGCAGCUGGGCUGUGGCCUGGCCAUGUCUGCCCUCCCAGGAGCCAGCUUCAGCCCUGGAUCAGGCAGCAUCCUCCUCGAUGACGUCAACUGCACGGGAAGGGAGUCCUCCCUGGGGCAGUGCCCUCACAGCGGUUGGUACACCCACAACUGUGGGCACCAUGAAGAUGCUGGCGUCAUCUGCUUAGAUUCUGCAGCUUCUGGACAUCCAGCUUCCUCAACUCCUGGGGAGCACCCAAGCGAUUUUCAUCUAAGAGUGUCUUUGAAUACUGCUCUAACCACCUCAAAAGAGAUCUCUUCAACCUCAGCAGAAGUGACCUUUCCACCUGAUGCAUCUUCAACCUCAGCAGAAGCGGACACGCCCUCUGAUACGACUCCCACUGCAGCUGAAGCCCCUUCUUCACCAGAGCCGCCCCUGCGCCUGGCGGGCGGGCGGAGCCGCUGUGAGGGCCGGGUAGAGCUGCGGCACCAGGGCGUGUGGGGCACGGUGUGCGACGACCACUGGAACAUCAGGAACGCCCGCGUGGUGUGCCGCCUCCUGGGUUGCGGCCGUGCUCUGGGCGCCCCGGGCCGCGGCCGCUUUGGCCAGGGCACUGGGCCCAUCCUGUUGGACGACGUGCGCUGCACCGGCCACGAGGACGCGCUGGAGCGCUGCACCCACUCGGGCUGGGCCCGGCACAACUGCCAGCACCGCGAGGACGCGGGCGUGGUGUGCGCAGGUCUGGCUGACUCUCUUGUACCUAAGGACAAUGCCCAGCUAUCCUGCUUGCCUCACCUCUUCCAAGCCGUCAUUGACCGAGGCUAUCUCCGGAGGCUGGGCUACUCCUCCUGGGACAUCCACUUAAAUGAUGAGCUAUGUCGCCCCAAAGUCAUGGGACGCUACCUGAUCUUCAACAUUCCCUAUGGCCACUGUGGCACUAUCCAGCAGGAGCACCUCGGCUCCCUCAGCUACUCCAACUCCAUCAGAGGCCGGAAACGGGGCCACCCUGGCCAAGUCAUUGUGCGGCACAAGGUGCCCAAGUUGAAGUUCACCUGUAGGGCGAACGGCCCAUCCACAGUUGAAAUCAUUCAUGGGGAUGACGCCCCAACGGAGGGUGCUGGCUACACCGUGUCUAUAUCCUUCCUCCAGUCCCCUGAGUCCCAGCAUGUGGGAGGCAUGGUGCCCUACUAUGACAGCCAGAGGAAAGAGGUCUUCCUCCAAGCCACCCUCCACAGCCCCAAUCCCAACCUGAUGCUCUUCGUGGAUACCUGUGUGGCUUCUCCUGAUCCCCAUGAUUUUACAACCAUCAAGUAUGAUUUGAUCCGGCAGGGGUGCAUCAAAGACAAUACCUACAUCAACCUCCAUCCCCGCCAGAAGAACAUGGCUCAGUUCAAGUUCAAUGUCUUCAGCUUUCUUGACAGCUAUGAUGUGGUAUAUCUGCAGUGUAAGGUUGCAGUGUGCAAGGUGGGGGAUUAUGCCUCUCUCUGCUCCCGGGGCUGUACAGGACAGAGUAGGAGAGGUGCAGGCCCCAUGGAGGCCAAGGAAAAGCAGACUGAGCAUUUCCAAAUGGUGGGGCCACUGGAGAUCCACAAAGUCACUGCUCAGAGGAGGACUCUUGAGUGAUUUCUGCAAUUUUCAUGUGAAUCUGUAGAAAGCAAAGUCUAUUUCUCUUCAGUAAUGUUUGACCAAUCAGACGCUAUCUGCAUAGAGACAGGUCAAAGAAACAGCCAGAGGGGAUUGCUUCUCUGAGGUUUGUUACUAAACAAAUCUUCUCUGAUUACUAAACUUCUAAGGCAAUUAUUCUCUUUGCUGCCACAAAUGCUACAUUUUCUAAUUCUUGUCUUAAAGUGUACAAAAUGUUACAAAGAGCAGGGUUAUCUCUCUAUACCGCAUUGUCAAUUUAAAGAUUGUCUUUUUAAGUUGACUGUUUAAUCAUCAGAUGCUAUUAAGUGGAUCUCUAUUUUUAUCCUCUGACGGUACGAGGAUUUAUUUUCAACUCUUGCCAAGAGUCUUAGGUAAAAUAAAAUAAGUGUCUGUCACUC